AUGGAAACCUUCCAAAUUUCUCACCCACAAGAACACAGCAUCACCACUUGCAAUUCCAUCAUCUCGAGAUGGUUGUUUUUUGGUUGCAGUGGUAGUAACAGUGCAAAUCAUCAUGAAGUCAGCGGCAAUUCCUUCAAUGUGCUAGAAGCAAAUUCGAACCUUCCAUCUCCCUUUCAAAUUCAUCAUCAACAACCAAUCCCAUCCUCUUCCUUCUCACCUGCUCAAGUAUUUCUCUAUGUUUUCUUUGUUUACUUGUCACUGAUUGUGACAAAAUGUUUAAUCCUAAUCAUGUCGUCGUUAUAUAAUCGAUUUUAUGGAAAUAUUGCAAGUUCAUCAUCAUCCUCUUCAACAACCUCUAAUUUAACAUCAUCCUCCAGUGACUCCUCUUCCUCCACCAAUGUACAAAAUAUUGUGUCUCGAAAAUUGAAUCAUUUAAUUUCACAAACUUGGAGACUUCGGAAAUUAAUUUUUGCAAUUCUCGGAAUUGUCUCUACACUUUUCAUCAUUAUUUAUUCUCAUCACUCACCAAUGAAUUGCUUCUCGUCGGAACGAUUGACCUGUUCAUCCAUUCUUUCAAGAGAAACGACUCGAAAGAAUUCUACUCAAAUUAACCUCAUGCCUAACAUCACUCAACCUGCAACGAAUACAAUUCCUUCUUUACGAAACAAAUCCUUCUCAUUACAAAAGUUGACAACAAAUCACAAUUCUUGUCUAUAUUCACCAGCCAAACAUCUGGUCAAUAUGUGGAACAUGGCAAAAGAAAAUGCAAUUUUGAGUCGACAAGCUCAACAAGAACAAUCUUGCUUAUUUGAAUCUUUAUUGAGAAGUUGCGUGAAUAUCUUAGUUUUGACAAUCAAACUUUUAUAUGUGUACUUGUCGCUCAUUGGAGUUGUGAUUGUUGUUAGAUGGUUGGCGUUUGGCAGUCUCUCAUUGAAUUCAGCAAUGCACAUUUAUGGAACACCUGCACAUGCUGUCACAAAUACUGUAGCAAGUACGAAGAUUAAAAUAAAUGCAUUCCGUAUGCCUUAA